AUGCGCGCUCGUGAUCGUCGGUUGGCGCGGAGCGCGCGCCCGGGCUUACAUAACGAGGAUAGCGGCGGCAUGGCCGCGCGAGUGUCGGUCGAGGGCGCAGGGCCCUCGUACGCUUCGGUGCUAAACUUCAGAGGGAGCGACUGUAAUAAGGAGAACAUCGAAGCCACCGAGGAAGUGGUGGAUGUGGCACCGCACCAGGAUGAGGAGGAGGAAGAGGGCUUCGUGCCAGUGAUCUCCCACGGCCGCCGGCCUGGCAAAGGUCGCAAGGAGCGAGAGCGCAGGGCGCCUCCCCGCGCGCACAAGAACCCCCAGCCCCACAACGAGCCACAGCCCACACCCGAGCAGCAACAGCAGUCGGCAGAGGCUCAACCGAAGAAGUUUGUGGAAGCACCAAUUCCCAAAGUCAAUCCAUGGCAGGUGCGCGGGGGUAGUACAGGGGCACCCCCGCCCGCGCCACCCUCCCUCGUCGAGGAGAAGAGGACUCCACUGCAGCCGCAGCAACAGGGCAGAGCGCAGCCUCCGCCAGAGCCAGUCGCCGCCGCCCCUCCUCCACCGAAGGCGGCCGCCGUUAAGCCGCCGAAGAGCGCCAAGAUUCCGCAGAAGGCUGUCUCCAAUAACGGGCUUAGUUCCCUCAACGACUUAAACACGUCAACUAUCCUCGAAGCUGUU